GCUGGAUGCAGGAUCCGGGCUUCCCAGCUCAGAGGCUUCGCUGUCCCGGGAGCAGCAGGGAAGGAGGAAAAGCACGAGCAAGAACAAGCAGCAGGGAAGCGGAGGAGUGAAACGCAGUGGAGAAACAUGGAAACCUCCCAGACACACAGCUCCGAAAGCAUGUCCAAGGACCUGUCAGAACUGCUGAAGGAAGCUACCAAGGAGGUGCACGAGCAGGCGGAGAACACGCCGUUCAUGAAGAAUUUCCAGAGGGGGCAGGUGUCACUCCACGAGUUUAAGCUGGUUACGGCAUCCUUGUACUUCAUCUACUCUGCUCUGGAGGAAGAGAUUGAACGUAACAAGAACAACCCAGUUUAUGCCCCUGUGUAUUUUCCGGCGGAGCUGCACCGGAAAGCUGCCCUGGAGGAAGACUUGCAGUACUUCUAUGGCAGCAACUGGAGGGAAGAGAUCCCGUGUCCUGAGGCUACUAAGAAAUACGUUGAGAGGCUCCACUACGUAGGCAAGAACCACCCAGAGCUCCUGGUGGCCCAUGCCUACACUCGGUAUUUGGGAGACCUGUCUGGGGGCCAGGUGCUGAAGAAAAUUGCCCAAAAGGCCCUCCAGCUUCCCAGCACGGGAGAAGGGCUGGCUUUCUUCACCUUCGAUGGGGUCUCCAACGCCACCAAGUUCAAGCAGCUCUACCGUUCCCGCAUGAAUGCCCUUGAGAUGGAUCAUGCCACUAAGAAAAGAGUCUUGGAGGAGGCCAAGAAAGCAUUCCUGUUAAAUAUACAGGUGUUUGAGGCGCUGCAGGAGCUGGUGUCUAAGGGCCAGGAGAACGGUCACCCUGUGCAGCCAACGGGAGAGCUUCGCACAAGGAACACUAACAGAUCAUAUGAGCAUGGUCCAGCACAUGGGAAAGAGAGUGAGAGGACACAGCGGAAACACACGGACAUGAUGCCCAGCACUCCCCUGGUGCGGUGGAUCCUGGCGCUUGGCUUUCUAGCCACGACGGUUGCCAUGGGCUUAUUUGCCAUGUGAAGGAGCAGGACCUUCACCUUCUCACCGUGCCUUCCCUCAUCCUGAACUAAUCCACCUCCCCCAGUCCUUGUGAGAGAAAUUCCCUGUGACUGGGUACUGUGAUCUCGGCUCUGCCACUAAUAUUAGGAGAUUUUUCUCCCCAGAAAUCAAAGAGUGCGCUGUAAGGGGGGUCAGGGAAAGUCCCUCCCGUGCUUGGUGUGAGCUCUUCUCAGAGACUAACUUUGUCACCAAAAACUAAGGGUAGAAAAGGCUAAAAACAAUGGCCAAGAAUUGUCAUUGCUUUAGAGAGUGCCUGCAAAAAUCCUCCAGAAUCAGAAAGCCAGCUUUGACGUCUGUCUCUCCUCAGAAAUAUUGAGCUGUUUGCUCGAUUUUUUUAUACUGCUAGAUAAUACUGUGAUCAUUUUUCUGUGGAGCCACAUGGCUCCUGUGCAUUAUAGACUGUUUUAUAUGACACUAGUAGGUCUUUGUUAAUUCUUUUACCAAUCAUUUUUGUUUGUAUUUUUUAAAAAAGCAGAAAAGGGUUGUUGAAGACACCGUGUCAUUCUCUUGUCUGGUUAUUAAUUUAUACACAUAAUAAACUUCAAUGUAAAGUCUUCA